AUGUCGCAAGACGCUGUAAGUAGCCCACGGCUAGCGGGCCAGGAAUUAACCAGUGCAGAGGAGAAACGCCGGGCGCGUCUUUCGAAGCUAGCGGCCUGGAAGAAGAAGAAGGAGGCCGUGACGGCUAAACAGCCCGUCAAGUUUGCCGCAAGGGCAAGACCGGUGCCCAAGAAGGCUGCGAAACUGGUGCGCAGGAACUUGCUGGACGCAGAAACAGAGAUGAGUGCUCCGGUGGAGGAUGAGAUUCACCACGAGGUUGAUCUCGACAAGUUCUACGAGUCCCUCAGUACAGACAAGCCAAAGGAACAGGGAACCAUCUUUGAAAGCGACGAGGAGUUGGGGUCCGAGUCUGACGAUGUUGAUCAAGUCGACCCGGAGAAAUUGCUUCAGGCAAUUAACGAGAAGAAUAAGAAAACCGUCCCCGAACACCCGCCCAGCCGGUCGCCGUUCGCCAAAAGCCUCUAUGUUGAAAACAGUGCUAUUUCCGAGCUCUCCAACGAGGAGGUCGACCUGCUUCGACUCAAAGACGCAAUUAGUGUGCGUGGAAAGACAGUUCGUCGUCCCAUUGUCGCAUGGAACCAGCUGGGACUGCCCUCGUCACUAGUUUCUGUUCUGGAGACGUUGGAUUUUGCUGCCCCCACGCCUAUCCAGUGUGAGUCACUGCCAAACAUCAUGAGCGGCCGCGACCUGAUCGGUAUUGCGAAAACCGGGUCGGGGAAAACUCUCUCGUUUCUGCUCCCGCUGUUCAGACACUUGCUGGCCAACCCUGCCUCGUCUUCCGUGCGCGCGCUCGUCAUGACCCCCACCAGAGAGCUGGCUAUGCAGAUUUUCAAAGAAUGCCAGCUGUUUUUGCGAACGCUCAACCUGAAAGGUUGCUGUUGCUACGGCGGCCAGUCCAUCAGCCACCAGAUCGCCGAAAUCAAGAAAGGGUGCGACCUUGUUGUGGCCACGCCGGGCCGGCUGAUCGACCUGCUCUGCGCCAACGGCGGCCGUGUUCUGCGGCUGAGUCACGUGACGUACCUGGUGCUGGACGAGGCGGACCGGAUGUUCGACAUGGGCUUUGAGCCGCAGGUAAUGAAGAUCCUGAAGGUGACACGGCCGGACAGACAGACCGUUCUGUUUUCGGCAACGUUCCCGCCUCGCAUGGAGGCUUUGGCCAGGCGGUGUUUGAGCGAGCCCGUCGAAAUCCUUGUUGGGGCCAAGAACCUUGUGAACGACCGCAUCGAGCAGCGGUUCAAUGUUCUGGAGGACGAUGCCAAGUUCCCCAAGCUGCUGGAGAUCCUGGCCAAGUUCAAGCUUGUUGAUCAGGGCAAAGUUUUGAUUUUUGUUGAUCGGCAAGACGGGUGUGAUCUUCUGGCCAACCAGCUGAUUUCACAAGGGUAUCCUGCCCUGUCUCUUCACGGAGGAAAAGAGCAGAUUGACAGGGACGGGAUCAUCACCGAUUUCAAGAACAACAUCAUUGACAUUCUUGUUGCCACGUCUGUUGCUUCCAGAGGUUUGGACGUGAAGGAUUUGAAUCUUAUUGUCAACUACGACCCGCCCAGCCACAUGGAGGACUACGUUCAUCGAGUGGGCCGUACGGGACGUGCUGGCAACUCCGGCACAAGUGUCACGUUUUUGAACAGGCACCAGGAGCGCAGUGCGAGCGAUAUUGUGAAGAUAUUGGAGCUUUCGGAGGCUGCUGUUCCCGAGGAGCUGCAGAAGAUGGCCACGCGGUUCCGCGAGCGGCUUCGCAAGGGCGAGGUCAAGUACGGAUCCGGGUUUGGGGGCAGGGGACUAGAGAAGCUCGAGGAGAUUAGAGAGCAAAAAAGACGGCUCGACAACGGUUUGUACGACGAGGACGAGCCGCAGGAGCCAGGAAACGAGGACGAGACGGCAGAGGUGUCGUCCGACAAGUUGGGCAACUUCCAGGUGGAGUUUGGGUCGACCAAGCGCGGCGCAGACUCGGCAAUCUACCACGCCAGGCUGAACAUCAACGAUCUUCCGCAGAGCACGCGUUGGCACGUUUCCAACAAGGACAACAUCAACAAGGUGGUGGAGAGCACGAGCACGGCGAUCACCACAAAGGGCCGGUACUACGGCCCGGGCAAGGAGCCGGGACCUUCAGACGACCCGAAACUGUACCUGUUGAUCGAAGGCGACAACGAGGUGGGUGUGCGGCAGGCUGUGGAGAUGCUGCGGCGUGGUCUGGUUGAAGGUCUCAAGGGCAGUCUUGAGGAGAGAAAACGCAAGUUUUCGAUUGUCUAG